AAAGCAACUUUGCUUCAACGUUCAAACGUUCAAGGUCAAGUUGCACGAAGAUUUUCACAAUCUUUCGGUACUCGACGCACCUUAUUGGUUGAAAAUUGCUCUUCAACUCUAACACAUUGCCAGACUGAACCUGUCUACUAACAUGCCGGCCGACUCGGAAGUCGACUUGCGUGUUCAUAUCCGGCACUUACUACUCAAUUACGCCCUCACACAUUUAACGACGGAUUAUGUUGCUUUCACACAAAAUGCUGUCUCAGAGCUACUGUCGGAAUGUCUUGUUCCUGUGUCUACCGUGGAUCCUAUGAAUCCGAUUCUUGAAUCGAGUAUAUAUGAGACCCUCUUGAGGAUGUACAAACUGGAUGGACUGGAUGCUUAUAUGGAGCAGUGGACUACAUUGCCUAAAGUUCUUCAACAUCUCAAAAGCAAUCUGCCACACGAGCGACGGCGUCAAGCCCCCUCCACUCGUUGCUGGGAUACUGAUCCUGACGAUGUUGCUUGGAGAAGUAAACGGCCCAUAUCUCCCAUCCUGACCAAACGCUCAGUACUGGAAACACCGAAGUUAGGUAGAAAGGAGGGCCAAAGCUUUGGUCCUGAAUCGCAACGUCAACUACUGAAUUCAUUCAAGUUUUCCACGGUGGAUGUCGUUGAAGCACCUUCUCCGUGCUAUUCAGCUCCACAGGAUAUCUUGGCUACACGUUUCAUUCUGGAAGCAGAUCUCCGACAGCCCGUGAUUGACAUGAUCAAGUCAAAUCCUGCGUCCUCCAAACUUUCCACGUCGGUUGUCCCUAAUCGCAAAGUUCAAGACUUCUUACGAUCAAGCUCACCAUCGCCCGACUUUCCUCGAUCUAUGUCUCCUCCAAUAUUCUCACGAGCCCGUGGCCCUGGCGGUACUCUCCACGACACUCGAGAAAAUCUUCCGAAACAAUUCAGGAUGCACACGAUGGAAGACCUUGCGGCAGAAAAACUAGUAUCCGCGGUAGAGGUAGACGAUGGUGGCUUUGACCUCGACAACGCCCAUUUGGUUAUCGUCAACGGCUGGGAAGCUGUAUACACAUCUCCUUCUUCAACGCCAUCUUUAGCCUCCAGCAAAAGCGAUCAAAUUGAUGAGCUCUUUCUGGAAUCUUCCUCUCCAACUCCAGAUAUGUUGUAUCAGCGAAGGCUAUGGACUUCAGCGGUCGAUGAGCACGAAAUCCCUCGAGCCGAGAAGUUCGGGGGUGGGGGUGAGCGGGCGAAGCGACUUGGAGAGAAUGAAAGUCUGUCUACGUUUUUAGCCCCUGCAGGCAUUACCCCGGUAUCCCAAACCAGAACCCCUAUUCAGAUAGCUGAUGCCCAGAUUGUCUCGACAUCCAAAUCCCAGCCUUCCUCGCCAGACAUCACUGACUCCGUGAUGAGACAACCAUCAGACUUGGAGGAACAAAUACCAACAAUUCUUGAUAGCGAGAGCAGCAAUGAUAUUGCGCAAAUACUCGCAGAAAUCCAUGGCAAUGCCAAACUCGAAGAUCCUGUGGAAUGGAUCGUCAAUGAGAGGCUUGACGAGAAGGAGAGUCUGCUCAUGGACGUCCCGAGGCUUCCACCACCUACGGACCAUCCACCUAACGACAUGUACUUUCCGAAGACGCUAACAAGUAUGGUACAUUGCGGAAAACCUAGGAGGGAGGAUGCGACUGAAACUACGACUGUGGUGAAGACGGACAAUGAAGGUGCAUUCUUGAAGAAAGUCAAGGGCCUUCAAUCGCUUAACAUUGAGCUGAAUUGGCGACCCUUCAAUUAUGGAACCUCAAUCCCAACACACGAAGAGGUCUCUCGAGUACUGGACGACGAUAUCAAGAGCGAUUUCUAUGCCAACAUUGAAAUGAGUCCUGACAUAAUUGAUGCCGAGCUGUCUAGGCUACUCAAAGGUGUGACGAUAGUUUAUACUAGCGAAGGCUCACAGUUGCACCAUGCUACUGUUUCUGUUCGAGAAUGGUACCGACACGACGACUCAACCAACAGUCGUGCGCCGCUCAAGAACGAUUGCGGCUUCAUCCUCACGGGCCAAGAAAUGCGACGCCUGAACGGUCGACCCGAGCCUGCGGAAUCCUGUGCUGAACCGGACAACUUUGAAAGUGCUCAGGAAAACUUGGAUGAACGAUCCUCGAAGCGCAGAAGAUUGGACGAUGUACAGCUUGACCUUGACGAUUUGAUCUUGAACGCUCCCAAUACAGCCAACUCUAACAUGAAGCCAUCCGAAGAUUCUGGUGUAUUCUUCGAAGAGCUUGUUGACGAUGAGCUGGGCAGCGAUGGAAUCUUUGGCCAACUAUCGACUGACGCUGAAGGCUUUGACGGUCCCCGUGACGAUGGAGACCUAUUUCCUGACCUCGACCCGAUACAUACACAAAGCGACUAUCCAUCACCAGUCUAUCGUUCUUCCGCUCGCUAUGAUUCGCCUUUCGAGGUCUCUGGUGGUUAUGAAUCUCGUUUCCACAUUCCAGACAAUAUUCGCGAUUCUCAAGUGUUCUUGCCGCUUUCCAUGGAGUCUACUCAACGUUCUACUGGACCUGCGAAUGAUGCUACUCAAAAAUCGCCAGACUAUUUAUCUGCGGAACCCAUAAUUUCCAAUCAUGUCAAGGAAGACAAGACGCCUGGUGGUGAUGAUGUAACUCCUGAGACUGCUCAGCCGAUACUUGAUUAUGCGGCCAUCCCCUCAAUAGCUGCUCCUUCUGUACGACAAUAUUUGGCAAAUUUCCUUCAGUUACGCUCGACGGUCGCGAGGGCUACUGAAGUGUCUUCGCCCGCACGGGACAAUACCCCAUUAAUCCACGACUCAGACGCUAAUAACUUUCCACAAAUUCAGAUCUCCAACGACUGGCACGUUCCAACUGACUUGAUAGACAAGAAUACACUGCUGCUCCCUACAUCCUAUCCUAUAGCGGCUUAUCUUCAUACUUACAUGGUAUCAAUGGAUACCGUACUCAAACGAGGACUCAUACGGCAAUUAUCCUCGCCUACAUGCGCAAUUGACUUUGUUGAGCGAGAGUCUCUGGGUGACGUCCAUAUCAUUCUCGACGACAAUACAGCCGUUAUUUUAGUCCCGCUCCUUUCCUUGCCUUCUCAAUGUCAGGAGCUCACGGACACCAUCGCACAGGCAUCCUGGCGCUAUAACCACCUUCUUGUGAUUUUUGAGGCAUUUCCCCACUCUUGCUAUGAUAAACGGGGCGAAGAAACUUCUCGAGCCAAUCUUGACCCAUUCUCACCUCCCGUCGUGAAAUCCGUAAACAAGCUAAGACGUGAUCUUAAUCUAGCCAACGAGAUGGGGAACAAACGUAAGGAAACCAUGCCCGAGUAUGCUUUUGCCUGCACCGUAGACGAAGCUGCCAAGUUCGUUCGAUUGUAUGGAGACCUAGCAGAAACUCGGGAUGAAACAGGCGGCAUCAUCUGGGAUGAUCGAUCGUGGCUAGAAACAGUCAAUGAGGAAGAGUCUGAGGAAAACGACAUCGCAGGCUUCAAUGGAAUGAAUCACUUCAUAGCUGCCAUCAUCUUGACCCAGACUACGUUCAACGAAUUCUUAGACCAGUCGAGUGAAGAACGGAUGCAGGGAUUCGGUUCGCUGAUUGGUAUCGAGAGAAUGGAUAAUUUUAACCGACUACUUGAACGACGCGCGCAGUACAUGGAGCUUCCUUCCUCCUCGCCUAUCACUACCAGCGUGAGCUCGCUUGGUCUUGGAGUUCCAGUAUCGCAUGGAAGCUCUUUCAAUGCUCUAUAUCAGGCUGCAGCUACUCAUAGCACCCAUUAUACCGUACCUCUGGCGUGUGAUGAGCAGCCUACUCUUUACGGCUCAUGAUCCCAUUGACAUGAUGACCUUUUGUAAUGACGCUCGCUUUUGCGUUGAAACUUCACCUGUACUUCGAAGAACAACCUGAGAAGGUCUUGUACACAGCAUUCAUGUGAGAAGGGAGAGCGAGUAGGUCGUUCAACACUUAACUUGAAUGCCAAUUCUGAAUCGCGAGUUGUCACGCGUGACAACUCGCGACUUGACGCGCC